AGAGCCCAGAGGAGGAAAGAAUGGCUGUUACACAUUCAAAAGCAGAGUACAAGCUCUCCCUUUUCCAGACUCUGCGCUUCUCUAAGAUAGGAAUCCAGAAGAGGAUUGAUCAUUUCUUGCAGCUCUAAAAACCAUGGCUCAGAGAUCUGUGAUGUUCAGGGAUGUUGCCAUUGACUUCUCUCAGGAAGAGUGGGAAUGCCUGGACUCUGCUCAGAGAGAUUUGUAUAGAGAUGUGAUGUUGGAGAACUAUAGUAACCUGGUGUCACUAGAUUUGCCUUCAAGGAGUGCAAACACGAACUUACGUCUAAAAAAGGACACUUAUGAAAGAGAAUUAUCCCAAUGGAAAAUGAGUGCCAGGCUUGAAAACUGUGAUCUUGAGUCCAGUUCCAGAGAUUAUUUGGAAGUCAAAGGCACAUUGGAAAAGCAACAAGAAAAUCAAAAGGAAUAUUUCAGGCAAGGGAUGAUCAUAUAUGAAAAAAUGUCCAUUUUCAACCAGCAUACUUACUUAUCUCAACAUCCCAGAUGUCUCUCUCCUGAGAAACCCUAUAAAUGUAAGGAAUGUGGGAAGGCCUUUAGACGAGCCUCACACCUAACCCAACAUCAGAGUAUUCAUACUGGUGAAAAACCCUAUGAAUGUAAGCAAUGUGGGAAAGCUUUUAGUCGAGACUCACAGCUCAGUCUUCACCAGAGACUUCAUACUGGUGAGAAACCCUAUGCAUGCAAGGAAUGUGGGAAGGCCUUUACUCAGAGCUCACAACUUAUUUUACAUCAUAGAAUUCAUACAGGUGAAAAACCAUAUAAAUGUGAAGAAUGUGGGAAAGCCUUUAUUCGUAGCUCACAACUCACCCGACAUCAGAAAGUCCAUACUGGUGAGAAACCUUAUGAAUGUAAAGAAUGUGGGAAGGCCUUUACUCAGAACUCACAACUUACUCUGCAUCAGAGACUUCAUACUGGUGAGAAACUCUAUGAAUGUAAAGAAUGUAGGAAAGUCUUUACUCAGCUCUCACAACUUAUUCUGCAUAAGAGAAUUCAUACUGGUGAAAAACCUUAUGAAUGUAAGGAAUGUGGGAAAGCUUUUAUUUGUGGCUCACAGCUUUCUCAACAUCAGAAAAUUCAUAAUGGGGAAAAGCCAUAUGAAUGUAAAGAAUGUGGAAAGGCCUUUAUUCGUGGCUCAUUACUUAUGCAACAUCAGCGGAUUCAUACUGGUGAAAAACCCUAUAAAUGUGAAGAAUGUGGGAAGGCCUUUAUCCGUGGCUCACAACUUACUCAACACCAGAGAAUUCAUACCAAUGAGAAGCCCUAUGAAUGUAAGGAAUGUGGAAAGACCUUUAGUCAUGGUUCACAACUUACUCAACAUCAGAGAAUUCAUACUGGUGAGAAACCCUAUCAAUGUAAGGAAUGUGGAAAGGCCUUUAAUCGUGGCUCACUCCUUACUCGACAUCAGAGGAUUCAUACUGGUGAAAAACCCUAUGAAUGUAAAGAAUGUGGGAAGACCUUCAGUCGUGGCUCAGAACUUACUCAACAUGAGAGAAUUCACACUGGUGAGAAACCCUAUGAGUGUAAAGAAUGUGGGAAGUCUUUUAUUCGUGGCUCACAGCUUACUCAACAUCAGAGAAUCCAUACUGGUGAGAAACCCUAUGAAUGUAAAGAAUGUAGAAUGGCCUUUACUCAGAGUUCACAUCUUUCUCAACAUCAGAGACUUCAUACUGGUGAGAAACCCUAUGUAUGUAACGAAUGUGGGAAGGCCUUUGCUCGUGGCUUACUACUUAUACAGCAUCAGAGAAUUCAUACAGGUGAGAAACCAUAUCAGUGUAAGGAAUGUGGGAAGGCCUUUAUUCGUGGUUCACAACUUACUCAACAUCAGCGAAUUCACACUGGAGAAAAACCCUAUGAAUGCAAGGAAUGUGGGAAGGCCUUUAGUCAUGGCUCUCAACUUACUCUACAUCAGAGAAUCCAUACUGGUGAGAAACCCUAUGAAUGCAAAGAAUGUAGAAAAGCCUUUACUCAGAGCUCACAUCUUUCUCGACAUCAAAGAAUUCAUACCGGUGAGAAACCAUAUCAAUGUAAGGAAUGUGGGAAGGCCUUUACUCGUGGUUCACAACUAACACAACAUCAGAGAAUUCAUAUCAGUGAGAAAUCUUUUGAAUAUAAGCAAUGUGGGAUAGACUUCAGUCAUGGCUCACAAGUUUAUAUAUGAAUUACCUGAUUAUUUGUGAUUAAUUUGGAGAGCUUUCUCUGGUCAUUAAUCCAUUAUUAUCAAAUAAUUUUUAAAAUGUGAAUAUGGGAGCACAUUUGCCUCAUAAAGUUCAGCAUCAGUAAAUUUAUAUGGGGGAAAGAUAAUGCUAAUGUAAUCCAUGUAGAAAAACCUAUCGUUACUGGAACCUGUUAAACUUUAGCAAAUUAUAUAGAGAAUAAUUCUGUUAAUGUAGUAAAUAUAGGAAGGCCUUUAGCCAUGGCAUAUGUCUUUUUCAACAUUAUCUUGACUCUACCAAUUGCUUUCCUUUGUGACAUGUAUCAUGAUAAUUAACCUCUGCUUUGGUUUAAUGAUUUGUAAGAUAGACCUAUGAAUAAUACCUUCCUUAUAAGAUUCUUGGAAGUAUUAUGUGAGUUAUUACAUGUAAAGCUCUUAGAACAGUGCCUUGAACAUAGCAUAUCACAUAUAUUAGCUAUCAUUAUUAGUAGUGUUAUUUUAGAGAAUUUGCAUGAGAGGAGGACACAUGAAUAAAAUAAAUAUUGAGAAAUCUUUCAUAACUCUUAACCCCAAUUAUUUGAGUGAGGGGUACUGUAUGCUGUAAUGAAUGCAAGAAAGCUCUAGUCAUAUCUCAUCCCAUGUGCUGUAGGAGGCAAUUCAUACUGUAAAAAACCCUUCAGAUUUAAUCAGUGGAUUGUU